GUACAUCUUUCAGCAAUCGAGAGUAUCUCGUAACAGUAGCACAGCAAUGGAAUCUGGAGAGCCACCGCAGCCCGCAGAGCAGGGCGCUGCACCUGCCCCGACGGAGAGCGAGCCUCUCCUAGGGAGACCGGGUGACGCAAUUCAGAAGCCCGACGAGCCCAUGAUCAAGAACCUCUGGCUUGGAACCGGCUGGCUAGCUCAACUCGGCGCCAUCAUCCUGGCCGUGAUAAUCUGGGUCUCGGUGUUUACGCACCCGAUGCUGCGUCUAUUCUCUCCGCACCCCCUCCUACAAUCCCUCGGCAUCUUCACAGCCAUCCAGGCCGUCCUGCUUCUCCAGCCGACUCACACGCCGACGACCAAGCUGCUCGGCCAGCGCGGCCAUUCCGCUCUGCACGUACUCUCCUUCAUGCUUUUCGCGGCCGGCACUGCCAUCAUCGAGACCAACAAGCACGUCAACCGCCUCCCGCACUUCCACAGCGCGCACGCCUACCUGGGCGUGUCCACCGUCGCCCUGCUGGCCGUGCAGUACCUGUUCGGGCUGACCAUCUGGGCCGUCCCAGGCGUCUGGGGCGGCCUGGACCGCGCCAAGGCGCUGUGGAAAUACCACCGCUAUGUCGGGUACGGUGUGCUGCUGCUGCUCUUAGCCACGGUCGCCAGCGCGGUGGGCACGGACUACAACCGGGCGGUGCUCGGGAUCCGGCUGUGGAGCGUGCUCCUUGCGGAGGCUUUGAUUUUGGCGGGUGUCUUGCCCCGCGUGCAGCUACGGAAGCUGGGGAUUCAGCCGCGACAGCGGGGCGGUUAACACAGGAUUGGGUAUGUGCAGGAAACGGGUUAAGGCCUGUGACUGGAGGCCCUAUAUACGGCAGCUGGCGUAGUCUAGGAUGGUUAUUAUUUCAGUCUAACAUUUUUGUGCUAUUUUCCUUGAAGAGCAGCUUGGGUUGGAUACUGAACCUUCUCGGAUAAUGUGGGAUGGCACUUGGGUAGCUUCAGGGAGCAGACCGGACGAUGUACCUAUGUAUGUGUAACUGACCUGUCUACUCCAUAAUCCAAUAUCGAGUAUCAGCC